AUGGAGGUGGGGAAUCGGGAACAUGAUCAGUUUGUUAAGGUAAGUCUUGAGUUGGAGAGUCUUCUUCAGCGUCACUUUCAGCAUAGAGAGCACUCAAAGAGAGUCUUGAAAGACCAUCUGCGUGAAGCCAAAUUGGAAAUUGCUCAACUUCGACAGAGUGUUUCCGCGUAUUCAGAGCAGUUAAAGGAGGAGCGCUUCAGAUCUGAAGCUCUUCAACGGGAAAUGGAAGAUCUUAAAAGACGUCAAGUUGCUGAGAUCACGAAGCACGAUGAAUUAAUUAGAGAGAGGAUGUGUGAUAUUGAUACACAAGCUCGACUAACUGUGGUUAAAACGGAAGAGUGUGAACGCCGUUUACAGUGUCUGCAGCAGCAGGAGACGGAGCUUUUGAACCGUGAAAAUGAUUUAAAAUACCAUCAGGCAUCUUUUGAAGCUGGGAUCAUACUAGCUCAACGACAAACUGAAGCGGAAAGGCUUUGCAUGCAGCAUGCGCGGGAAAACGCCGAACAAGUUCUGGAAGAGGCGAGGAUCUCUGCUUUAGCAACAGAAGAGAGGAGACACAAGCGUGAAAUGUUGUAUAAUUUGGAAAUGCAGUGUUUUGGACUUGAAAAGGAAGAAGCAACUCGGCGGAUACAUAUCAUACGACAAGAAAUAUUAGAAAUCAUGGGCUUGAUUUCUUCGCGACAAACACAUGUAUCAGUUGCUGAAGCCAAGGCCGUGGAACGCAUCCGGCUACUCGAACAGGAAUUUGUCUCUAGAAAAGAAAUAUUUGAGCUGCGGGAGAAAGAGAUUCAUUUACGGCAACAACGUGAGCAACAACAUCUAAAAGAUGAGAGGGAACGAGUAGCGUCCAUGAAGGAGGCCAUGCAAAAGGACUAUAGACUUCUUUUGGAAGGUAUUCAUCUAUUUGGAAAUGGUUGCUCUACAGAGCCUGAACGCUUACAGGUUGAUGCAUUGAGAGACCUUCAAAAACUCUUUGUCUCUAUGUUAGAUGAUCAUCACUUGGAACGAGAUAGGAAGCUGUAA